CUCAGCUGGGUAUCCUAGCUAUCGAGUGGUUAGUGAAUAGCGAUUUACUCGCCAUAUUUGUUGUUGUCGUUGAUGGGGGAGGCUGAGCCAUAAUUGACGGGGUAGGGUAAGACAGUUCACAAAAAAGUUUUUGUUUCUGAAAGAAAAUCUUGAGUGAAAUUAUCAAUAAUUUUAUGUGUAAAAUGAUCAGUGCUAUGUAAAUGAUAUGUUCUCUACAUGAAUUAUUGUAUACCCUCGGGUAGAUCAUUUAGGACCGAGGGGGGUAUUUUAGUACGGUUAUUUGUCGUAUUGUGCGAUUCCUCUGUGUGGGUCAAGGGGAUAGGGUGUUAAGAAGUUACUUAAUCCUGUGUUACGAAUUUUCUUUGUUGUGAAAGUGGCGGGCGCACGUAAUCUUCCGGGGGGUACGGCGGGGCCAGAGGGUGGUGAAGAUGCGGCUGCUAUGGGGGUGUUGGAUUGGGAAGAAGGUGAUCGGUUCAGUUUUGCUGAUUCCGAUCGUUUCGAAGAGGAUUCAAUGUGUAGUUGGAGCUCAGAACCAGAAAGUUUAUGCAAUAAUUGGAGAGGUUGGAAGAAACCAUCUUUAGGAAUUGGUUUCAACAAUAAAAAAAAUGUUGAAGAAACGAGUGGCGUAGCUUCAUUAACUGAAUUAACUGCAAGAUGUGUAGCAUCUCACAUACCAUUCGAAUUAGUGGAACAUAUAUAUCCACCAGUCCCCGAACAAUUACAAUUACGUAUUGCAUUUUGGAGUUUCCCAGAUAAUGAAGAAGAUAUUAGAUUAUAUUCAUGUUUAGCAAAUGGCUCAGCUGAUGAAUUUCAACGUGGUGAACACUUAUUUCGUACGCGAAGUGUUAAAGAUGCCUUGCAGAUAGGUUUUCAUUUGUCUGCAAGUGUUUGCCAACCAAGUACCACACUACAAGUACGAACAACUCAUAAUGUAGCGGUGACAUUUGAUCGUAGAAAAAUUUCAUCAUGUAAUUGUACAUGUACAUCACCAGCGUAUUGGUGCUCACAUGUGGUUGCAGUGUGCUUAUAUCGUAUACAUAUGCCGAAUUAUGUAACAUUACGUGCACCCGUAUCUGAAUCACUAUCACGUUUACAUCGAGAUCAAUUACAAAAGUUUGCUCAGUAUUUAAUCAGUGAACUUCCACAACAAAUAUUACCAACAGCCCAAAGAUUAUUAGACGAAUUACUUAGUUCGCAACCAUCAGCUAUCAACUCUGUAUGUGGAGCACCAGAUCCAACCGCUGGUGCUUCAGUAAAUGAUCAAACGUCUUGGUAUCUGGAUGAGAGGGCGUUACAUGAUAAUAUUAAGAAAAUCUUAAUCAAAUUUUGUGUACCAGCUCCAAUUGUUUUUAGUGAUGUAAAUUAUUUAAGCACAUCUGCACCUCCAGCUGCCGCGGAAUGGUCUUCAUUAUUAAGACCGUUGCGUGGACGAGAACCAGAAGGCAUGUGGAAUUUGUUAAGUAUAGUUCGAGAAAUGUUUAAACGAAACGAUAGAAAUGCAGUUCCGUUGUUGGAAAUCGUUACUGAAGAAUGUAUGGCUUGUGAACAAAUUUUGGUAUGGUGGUUUAAUACAAAAGUAGCAUUAGUAAAUGGCAGUUCUGGCCACGGUUCAGGUGGUGGGGGUAAACAUAGUAACGUCAACAGCAACAGUCAUGCAUCACAGCAUGCAUGUUCGUCAUUAUGUGAUGAAAUUGUUGUGCUAUGGCGUUUAGCAGCCUUAAACCCAGGAUUAGCACCCAACGAGCGUGAUCUCUUUCAUAAUCAAUUCACGAAUUGGCAUUUAAAAAUCAUCGAAAAAGUAACAAAGAGUAAAGCAGCGGCCACAACAAAUAAUCAUUCAAAUAAAUCCAGUGUACUGCGUGCAGAUAUUGAAGUAUUUUUAGGUUUUAAGCCAGCAAUUGAAGCAUGCUACUUAGAUUGGGAUGAUUAUCCAAUGCCUGGAAUUACAUACACUCAGGAUAAUAAUCCAAUGUAUCAUUGUCCGUUUACAUGUUUCCGUCAUACGGGUGACGCUAAAUCCGAUACAGUGACCCAAGUGAAUUCGAGUCAGGCCGUUUUAAAUCACCACACACAUCAUCACCAUCAUCAUCAUCAAUUUCAUCCGUUAUUGCCCGGACAUCCACAUGCAGCACGUCUUGGUUUAGUCGAUUUUAUGCGAUAUAAUAUGCCAAAUGGUACAAGAUCGAGUGUCAGUAGUGAAGGCUUUUGUGAAAACGAAGAUGAAGCUAACAUAUUGGUUGGACAAAGUGCUCGAUCUGCUGAUUCAGAUUCCCAAGAAGGUGGUGGAAGCGACGCGGCGAGUAGUAGUGGAGCUAGUAGUGCAGCUCAAUCAACACAACGAAAUCCUGAAGCAAAGCAAAAAUCUACAGUUAAAGCAACCCUGGGAAGUAGUAAAAAAUCACCGGAAACUGAAUCAGACGCUUCGCCCUCAGAAGAUGUUAAAGAAUGUUCUCGACGGCCUUCCAAGGAUGAAUCGUUAUCUUCAUCGAACUCAGAAUCACCACAAUCAGGCGAUGAGUACAAUGUUUAUUAUUACGAUCCAAAAGCAUCAGUUAACGAUGAAAAUGAUAAAGAAGGUAAAGAAAAUAAAUUAGUUGAAGAAUCACCUGAGAAAACGGACGUAUUUGCGAAUAUCAAACGAACGGAUGAUCCUUGGGAUGUAUUGUUUGCUCGAGCUGAAGGAUUAUAUGCUCACGGUCAUGGAAAAGAAGCAUGUUUGUUAGGUAUUCGAUUAGCUGAAGAACUGUUAGCAAAUCCACCAAAUCUAAUGAUAGAUAUACCUCCGUUACCGAAACGAAAGGGGAAAAAGCAGCAAGUGAAUCCUGCGUCACAUCAGUUAACCUGCUUAGCAUCGGCUACGCUAAGUAAAUGUUCAUUUAUUUGCACGGUUCUAGCAGAAAACGCUGAUUACUCACAUUUAGCUUUUCGUGUUGGUAUAUUUGCAUUAGAAUUGCCACGGCCGCCAGCAAGUACAAAACCGUUAGAAGUGAAAUUGGCGAAUCAAGAGCAGGAAAUUGUAACGUUAUUGAAACGAUUACAUCUGGGCCCAGAAGAGUUGAAAGUAAUUAGAAAUCGUGCCGAACAAUUACGUGAUGGUACACUCAAAUCACGUGGGGAAGCUAUGCUUCCAAUUAUGCUCGCUAGUUUUAUUUUUGAUUCACUGAUGACACCGACUAAAUGUGAUAUUCGAAAUAAAAUAUUUGAUACGAAUGGUCGUUACGUUACCGAUGAAGCACUCUGCUUUGAGGCUGCUGUUGCUGCAUUGGGACUUAAAGCAAAUGUUUCCGAAGCUGACCAUCCAUUGUUAUGUGAGGGAACAAGAAGACAACGAGGGGAAUUGGCUGUAACAUUAUUGGUGCAUUAUAAAGACGAUCCUUGUAAAAUAGCGAAAAUUAUGGAAAAAUUAUUGGACCGUGAAGUGCAUACACUUAUAAAAGGUCCGUUGCUAAGUUCAUAUUAUUCGAAUAAUCCACCUAUUCGAAGUCAGCUAAUUGGAAGACGACGUGGAGAAGGUGAACCUAUGCCAUCAGCGUUAUCAUUUAAACCACCUUGUGAUCCAAUUUCCCCAUGUGAUCCUAUAAUUGGUUUCCCAAGUCGACCACACAGUUCAACUAGUGCAGAAUUGGAUCAAAAUAUGGCCGGAUUAUCAAUUGGCAAUCCCACAUUACCAUCAACAUCUCAAACACCCGUUUUACAAGCUGGUCAAUCACGUACAAAAGAAUCUAGAUAUAAAGGAAAACGAGCGUAUCCCUCUAUUCCAAAUCAACCAUCAGAAGCCGGUGCUCAUUUUAUGAUUGAAUUGGCAAAAACCGUGCUAACCAAAGCUGGUGGGACCAGCAGUACAUCGUUAUUUACUCAGGCAUCAACAAGUCAAAACCAUUUAGGACCGCAUCGUGGCUUACAUAUGUGUGCUUUUCAAUUAGGACUAUACGCAUUAGGAUUACAUAACUGUGUCAGUCCAAAUUGGUUAAGCCGAACAUACUCGUCUCAUGUAUCAUGGAUUACGGGGCAAGCAAUGGAAAUUGGUGCACCAGCGAUAUCGUUCUUAAUAGACACUUGGGAAGGACAUUUAACACCACCAGAAGCUGUUAGUAUUGCGGAUCGAGCUUCCCGAGGAUGCGAUGCAAAUAUGAGUCGCGCGGCAGCAGAUUUAGCAUUAUCAUGCCUACCACAUGCGCAUGCAUUGAAUCCUGGUGAAAUUAAUCGUGCUAUAUUACAGUGUAAAGAACAGAGUGAUGUUAUGUUAGAAUAUUCCUGCUUAACCGUUGAAAACGCUGCAAAAGGUGGAGGAAUCAAUCCAGAAGUGUUGUUCAAUGUUGCGAGAUAUUGGUAUGAUUUAUAUAAGAGUCACACUCCGCCUGGAGAAUUACUUAUCGAUGAAGAGAUUCAUGAUCCAUUACAAUUGGAUACAAAUAACCCAAUGAUGGGAAUUAUGGAACAGCCAAAUCAACCACCUCCUAUGGAGAUGAUGCCACAAAUACAACCAAAUAUUCCACCACAAAGUCCACAAAUUCUAGCCGCAAAUUCCGCAGUUGUUGUAACAACAGCCCCACCUCCACCAUAUCAACACCCUCCGGCGACUACACUUGCUCCAAUCAAUGUCCCAAUGCCUUAUACAGUAGGUCCAUACAGUUUCACUGUACAAGGAAUUCAUCCGCAUCAUACUCAUCAUGUUGGGUUCGGUACACCUGUUCAUCCGCAUACAGUACAAUUACCUCCACCGCCCCAUGUUCAAAUGUAUGCAAUAGCACCAUCACAAUUCCAAUAUCCACCCCCACCACAUUCAACGAAUCAACAACCGUAUGGUGCACCACCAAAUCAGCCCGCACCGCAACCCCCACCUGUUGGUUAUGCCACAGCACCCCCGGGCGCAGCACAAUUUUAUCAAGGACCUAUGGUACGAUCUGUGUAUCCAAUGCCUGUACAAUCAGCCAGACCCGCUCAACCCGCUCCGCCGAGACAACCACAACAUUUUAGCCCGACACAAAUGAGAUAUUUAUUGGCUGUUUAUCGAGUGGGAAUGUUAGCGUUAGAAACCGCUGCACGACGAUUUUAUGAUGAUCGACAUCAAACGAAAUAUGACAAACAGCCGCUCGGUGAAGAUGUUAAAUGGCUUCUACGUAUUUCAAAACAUUUAGGCACACAUUACCUUCAUCAAUUAUGUGUGUGUGCAGUAAAUUCAAUUGCCAGUCCAUUUGUUUUGCAUGAUGUUGCAAUUGAAGCAGCUCAAUAUCUUGGACGAAAUAAUCCAACAUUAGUGAUGCAACAUUUACGAACAACUUUAACACCACUUGUUCAAAAAUGUCAACAAAUGUAUAUACAAUGUAUGCACCAGAAAUUAUAUCACUUAACAUCCAAUGAUUAUGAAGAUUUUGUGAAUGUUGUGUGUGCGGCAAGAUCUGCAUUCCAACUGACACCUGAAGGAAGUGCACAAUUUAAAGAAUGGCUUCAAUCGAUACGCAGAUCAAAAUCAUGUAAAAAAGAUUUAUGGGCACAAAUAAAUUCAGCACUACAAGCAAAUAGUAAAUGACAAAGGUCAGGCUUAGUAUCAACACAAUUUAGUGCAACAACAAACAUAAAUAGAGUGCCAUUAGAUAAC